CACAGAAGAGCAGUAGAGGUCCCAGGCCUCCUCACAGCCAGUGCAGAGCGGCCAGCAUUACAAGGAGUCAUGGACAGCUUCAUGGAGUCGCUGAACAGACUGAGAGAGGCCCAUGAGAAAGAGGUCCUGGGCCUGCAGAACAAGCUUCUAGAACUCAACUCAGAACGGUGCCGAGACGCACAGAGGGUAGAGGAGCUCUUUGCCAAGAAUCACCAGCUCCGGGAGCAGCAGAAAGCACUGAAGGAGAACCUGCGGGUGCUGGAGAACAGGCUGCGGGCUGGCUUGUGCGAUCGAUGCAUGGUCACCCAGGAGCUGGCCAGGAAGAAGCAGCUAGAGCUGGAAAGUGCACACCUGCAGAGCCUGCAGCAUCUCUGCAUCCUCACCAAUGAGAUGAAUGUGCUAAGGGAGGAAAACAAGAUCCUGAAGGAAGAAGUGAAGAGGCUUCGGAAUCUGGGAGACAAGACCACACCGCAGACCUGGGAGGGCACCUCAGAGCCCCCGUCACCCUUGCUACUCCCCUCCCCCAGUAACCGGAAGGGUGCUACUGAGAACCCUCCAGGAGGCUCGGAAGAGGCUGAGGAAGAGCAGCAGGGUACAGAUAAAUUGUCAAGCCACAAGACAUCCCCAGUGGCCAGAGUCUCCCCAGCUGCCAACCUACUGGAGCCACGGACCCUGGACAUGACCCCUCAGUGCAUCUCCAACCAACUGCACUCAACGGUAGCUGUGGUGCGGCCUGGCUCCAGGGCCUGCCCACCAGACAGUGGUACUGCCAAUGGGACGACCCCGCCGCCAUCCAUGAGGAGCAGCCCGUCCAGCCCCACAUAUGAACACGGUCUCCCUGUGGACAGCUUCUUACGUGCUGCCCGGCCAUCAGCCAUAGCCUAUGAGACCCUGAAGCACUCCCUUCAGACUGAUCGCCUCUGCCUCCUGAACCGACAUCUGUCUCUGCACCUACAGAGCCCCCACAGCAGCCCCCUGGCUCCUGCUGCAGCUCCCAAUAGCCCCCUGCCCCGGGGCCUGAAGGCUAGAGAGGCCGAGGCAUGGGAGGAGCCUAGUGCCUUGGUGGGUGUGCAGGACCCACGGCUGGAAGGAGCAUUGCACCUGCUUCUGGUCCAGCAGCAUCUGCGGGCAAGGGCACGGGCGAGCACUGCCAGGUUGAGGGUCCCGUCUGCACCGGAAGAGAUGCCAUCUUCCCCACCAGCUGACUCAGAUUCUGAGAGCUCUGACAGUGAGGCCCCCAAGCCAGCUCUGAGCACAGAGGCCCAGCCUGAUGGGUGGCAUUCUCCGCCCAUAGGCCAAAGUAGCUCCCAGAGGAAAGAGACACUCGUAGCCACUCAGGACUCCCCCCCAGACAAGCCUCUGGACCUCUCUGACAGAGGACGGUGUCGGGACACCUCCAAGUCGACUGGCCAACCUUUGCCACUCAGUCCUACUCCUGGCCCCCAGCUGUCCGCCUUGUCUAGACCCCUGAUUCAUAGCUCCCAUACUCUCAGCAAUGGCAGCACAGAGACCAGAGCUCAGGAGUCUGAAGAAUAUUCUACUCCCAAGGAUACCUCGCAAACUCUCCCAGGGAUCCAUGCAGGCCUGACCUCUCCUGGAAGGACUGCAGAGGAGCCUGGAGGAAGGCCAAGGCCAGGACCUCACCUGCAGAGGCCUGAUGCUGAUGGAACCACGGAGCCUAAGACGGUCACACAAAGGCCAGAGCUGGAGCAACUGGAAGAGUCAGACACAUCAGACACCAAGGCGGGCCUGAUUUCUGAAUCAAGUAUGGAGACAAGCAUAGCAGGGGAGGGACGACACGCUGAGGACCAUCGACGGGGUCAGCAACAGAAGAGGAAGCUGGCAUCGGACCUGCAGGACAAAGGUACCUAA